ACGGAGGCCGGGAAGGGGGUGGUUGGGUGAGAGGGGGCAACCCAGGUUAAGAGUUUAGAAACGUCCGGGACAAACAAGAGAGCGGAUGAGCAUCCGUCUCUUCUCCUCGCUCUCCUUUAGCCUUAGGGGUCAGUAGCUGCAGGUACAGCCCGGGGCCUGGUGUAUGGCUGUGGACUUAACGGUGUUCGGACUCCAGGCCUUGUCACAACCAGAAAGCAAACUCUGUCUCUACCCCAGCUCUGAGCCGCUGCGACCCGGCGACCUGAUGUCAGACCAGCCCGUGGGAAACAGCGCCUCCAAGACCAUGCCGACUCUCCUCGCAGGGUAUGCUCAUUCCAGCAUACCAACCGAGCUGGAUCGUCCGGCCUGCGACGAGGCCAGCCUCAACCCAGAGAGCAGCGGUGGCAGUGGCAACUCUGACGCACCAACCAGCGAAUCCCUCCUUGGGGACCGCGAAUUCUCCCAGCAGAUCGGGUCGCAGCUUAAACUGCUGCCUAUGAAUGAUCAGAUCCGGGAGCUGCAGACCAUCAUCCGGGACAAGACAGCCAGUAGAGGGGACUUCAUGUUUUCUGCGGAUCGUCUGAUCAGACUGGUUGUGGAAGAGGGAUUGAAUCAGCUGCCAUAUAAAGAAUGCAUGGUGACCACUCCAACAGGGUACAAGUAUGAAGGAGUGAAAUUUGAGAAGGGAAAUUGUGGGGUCAGCAUAAUGAGAAGCGGUGAAGCAAUGGAACAAGGUUUACGAGACUGUUGUCGAUCCAUACGAAUUGGAAAGAUCCUGAUUCAGAGUGAUGAAGAGACACAAAGAGCCAAAGUGUAUUAUGCCAAGUUCCCCCCAGACAUUUACCGGAGAAAAGUCCUUCUGAUGUAUCCAAUUCUCAGCACUGGAAAUACUGUAAUUGAAGCUGUAAAGGUUCUUAUAGAACAUGGAGUUCAACCCAGUGUUAUCAUCCUACUCAGUCUGUUCUCUACUCCUCAUGAUGUACUAUACAGAAAAUGAUUUCUAUUUCAAGAACAUUGUUGGAAUGAAUUGAAGAACUUAAAGUAACCUAAACUCUGAAAGAACAAGUCAGCAAUGAGAGCAUGGAAGAAAAAAUGGAGCAUACUGGUUUGUUUAGAAAUACUGUUAUGGUUCAAGUUUUCAUUCCAGUCCUUCAAUGAAAGACUUAUAAGAGCACUAGGGAGUUACAUAGCACCUUUCAGUUGUAGGAUCCUAACAAUGAGUGUCUUAUUUUGCAAAAGGUGAGUAUGGGUACCAAAAGUUGGGGAAUGAGAUCCCACAGAGGUUAUUUGACAGGGCCCCAAGGAAUACAGGCAAUGGAGCCAGGUCAGAAUACACUAAUUAUUGAAUGAGCCUCUCUGUCAAUCAAUAGUCAGUCAGUUGGGGGGAAGCGUAUGUACAGUAGUCAAUACUGAAUUAUGUAUGGAUAGGGGUAUUAUCAGAGUCUAUAAACUAGUGAAAUAAAGGUGCUGAGAUAGGAAUAAGGUUUCUUUCUCCAACCCCCAACCCCCACAUAAAACUGAAUUAUUUGGCCUUCUGAAGAUGAUGUAAAUCUGUAAGACAUUAAACAAUCAGCUUUGCAUUAUAGUUCUCCUGAGCUUUACCCUUCCAGUGCUUCCCUGUAGUUUCUUGACCAAGUCUUUUAUAACCUGAUUUGUAUCAGUGCCAAGUGCUGAUACAUUCUAGACAUCAACAAAGUUAUUGAUUCCUUCCUGACUUUGAAUCAUAGUUAGAAGCUACCCUGCCUAAACCCUUCGCAGAAAAGUAUAGAUGGGAAAGGGAAGGAUUUCUUUGAGGCCCACUGGCUGUAGAGUUAAGUAAUAGCUCUAACUUUAGAGAAAGGUGUAUUACUAUAUGAAUAAAACGCAAGGUUUGUCCAUCA